UUAAAUCUAAUAGUUUGAUUGUGGUCCAAAUAGGAACAGUUUCUUUGUGUUUUUUAAUUGUUGUAAUAUCUUGAUGGACUGGAAAAUUCACAUUUUUGAGUUUCUGUAUGUGAAUGAAUUUUAUUUUGAAGGGCCAAAUUCUCAAAUGUGUCGCAUGCGCAUAAAUAACCCAAACCGGAAGCGGUGAUGGAAAAGAGAAAAUAGAAUACAAGUAAGUUUUCAAGUGGGAUACAUCUGUUCUGUAUCCAUGCUUUUGAGUCGGUGCCCAUUUCCAGAGUUCAGAGGCUGGACUGUGAAUGCAGACAGCGCCACAUGGAGGCGGUGCUGAAAAACGUGUCCGUUACCGUGGAGCUGCUAGCCGUGGCUGCUCGCAGCAAUGCAGUGAGUCAGUGGGAUGAGCAGACUCUGUCCAGGGCUUUUCACUGGGCCAAAUACUGCGAGCACAUCUAUUCCAGGUUCCACAAUAACACCGCAAUAAGAAGAGUUAUGGAGCAACAGCUGCAGAUCACAAAUCAAAGUUUGCGACAUGUUUUUCCUGGAUAUUCUCACGUUUCCUUCUCGGAUCUCCGCCGCUGCCAACACGUGCUGCUUGUUGGCCUGCUAAACAACCCCGAGCUGCCAAUCACCAUUAUGAAGACGCUUUUUAAAACUCCAGUAAACAUCAUAAAUAACGACUUUGAGGAUGUCACUGGCAUCUGCAGCCACCUGAUCCGGUGUAAAUCAGCUUGUAAAGUCCUGCGUCCUCUCUCGGCUCUGUCAGCUGUUGGUGCUGAUGCUGAGGUGCAGGGAGAGAUGUUGAUGGAGAGGCUUGGUGCUAUGUUGAGCCAAGGCAAUGAACUCUGUCGGGUAGAGCACUUUUUGUGCUCUGUCCUCCAGGACUCUGAAGGUGCAGUGCAACAUAUGUGUCUAGUCAUCGCAGCAGCUUUGCUGACAGCAAAAGGCUCGGCUGAACAAACUGCUUCUCAGGAUUUUCUCCUAGAGUGGCUGCAGAGUCGGCACAAUCUUCUGCAUAACUUGUGCACAAUGCUGCCUUCUGCAAUUCUUAAAGAGCUGGCUAAAGGACACCAGAAAUUUAGAGAUUCGUUCUGCCACAUGCUUAAAAAGUGGGCUACAGAGAUGGAGUACAGCAUAACCGAAGGCGAAUGGAUAAACAACAGCACAAACACCACAGUGACCUUCCAGAAGCUGACUGAGUUCUUCCUGUUAUUGUUUGAGGCCUGUCCAUCUGUGAGGAGGAAUACAGAAGAGGAGAUGAGACUGUUUAAGAUUUCUGAUGGAGACUUUGAUGUUCAGGGAUUAAGUGUGUGGGGAGAUCUCCUGUCAGAGUUAAACAAGUGACUGUUAGAUUUUGAGGUUCCUUAUAGGCAGAAAAUAUCCAAGUCUGUGUUUACACAUUGAUCUUUGUUUUAGUUUGUAAUAACGGUGUUGGAAUGAAGGUAUUUGUUUUAUAUUGACUUGUCGGCUUUAGUUCUCAUGAUACGUAAGUUUUUUAUGAUUUAGCAGAUUCAGACAUUUAGGAUUGUUUGGUACCAAGUCUAAACUUACUAUAUCUCACCAGCAGACGUAUUAAAAAGUCUAAAAUAAAAAUAAAUUACCCAAUGGAGCUGAUCUUUUUAUUUAGUAGAAGUUGCCCAUACAUACAGACCCCCCUCUCCAUGUUUACACUAGUGUCAUGUAAAAAAAAUAAAAAUGUCUUGAGGCCUAGAGAUUUUGAUAAGGUAACGUUCAAAUAAACUUAUGUCAAUUCU